UUGUUGAGUGAUGACGUUCAAUCAUCGCGACUUAACCGCGCGUUGUUUGGAGAGUGCUGUGUUGAGUAGCAGUUAAAUUGAUCAUUUCCACCGUUUGGUGUGGAUUUAUUCGGUGUGCUGUUUUGUGUGUUGAUAAUCGGAGCUCUUUAUAAACUAUUGAACAGUUCGGAGUCCAGGCGCAGGCAUGUUUAGCCCCCGCACCGCCCCGGGCUCUGGCCGCAGGCAGCAGAGCAGAGCUACCGGGAGAAAGAGCGUCUCUGGGUCGGGUGGUGGGCUUAUGUUUUCCCCGCGCAGGACGCCUAUGACGGCGAGGUCGACACCCACUCGAGUGCAGAACCACACCAUCACUGAGACAGUAUACUAUGACGUUCAGACAUUUGGUUCAUCGCUGCCUGUCAAAGUGAUGGAGGCACUCACCAUGGCUGAAGCUGACGACCCGAUCUCAGUAAAGGUGAACGAGAGUGGCUGGGCCUGGAUGGUUUGUGGAGAGAGGCUAAUAAUCUGGAAGAUCUGCCAGACUGCUGUAGCUAAGCUGUCUGUUUGCAAAGAGCUGCAGCUGCCCAGCAGUGAGUUCACCUACACGGCCGACCUGGUAGCUCUGACGUCGGCCGCUCCUCUCAGGACGGCCAGCGUUCAGUCCAUCUCCGUCCUCACCGUGGCUGCAGAAGGAACGGCUCGCUUCUGGCCGAGUCUGGCACACGAGGGGACCUACACAGAGUCGGACGUGAACCUGGGAGAUCUCUGCAACUUCGUUGUUGCACUCAGAGGUGGAAGCUUCGUUUUAUCAUCUGUGAAGAAUCAGCUGCUGAGAGCGAGUGCGGACUCUUCAGGGAAGCUGCAGUACCGAGCCCUGCAGCAGGGUCAGGGGGUUCUGUCCGGGAUCGGGCGCCGUGUGUCCAGUCUGUUCGGCAUCCUGUCCCCUCCAGCUACCGACGAGCUCCACAGUGUCCUGUGGGUGGAGGGAACCAGCUGCUUGUACUCGCUGACCAGUUCCACUGUGAGCAAAUGGGAAGUGGACGACAGCGCAGAGCACCAUUUCUUCAGCUGGGACACCAGGAAAGCUCUGACUGAGAGCAUCGUGGAUUCGAUCUGGGGGUCAGAGAGCAACUAUGAGGAGCUGAAGGAGGGAGCGAACGUCACAUACCUGGAUAUGAAGUCGAGCCAACUCGGCCUUGUGGUUUUGGCUGCAGCCUGGCAUCCAUCAGAUUCGCCCUGCCUGGCUUAUUUCUGCCUGAUCACCCUGCAGGAGACCGGAGACACAAUCUCCGACCAGUUCACCGUGGAAGUGACCAAGUACAGCUGUCCAUUCCAGAGCGAGGACGAGCUGCAGGCCACACGCUUUGUGCUGCCCGAUCCACCUGGUACUACCGCUGUCCUGUACAACAAGGAGAUGGUGUCGGCCUGCUCAACGGGCACCAGCAGGGCGGCGCUACCAGAUGAGAAAAUUAGCUUCAAUUCACCAGGUGAUGGCAUACGUGGAGGAGGCUGCUGCUCCAACCUGCCGGUGUUUUUCUCCCAGAACAGUGGACUGGUAGCUGUGGUGGCCAGAGAGAGCGCCUCCAUCCUGCCAGAGACCAUGGAGGACUCACUGUGCUCCUCGCUGGCUGCAGCGCCCGAGAUUUCUGCCAUGGAAACACCAACCAGAUCAGAGCCCAUUGCUCAGGAAGACAAAACCAAACUGCUGAAGGCUGCGUUCCUCCAGUUCUGCCGUAAUGACCUGGUUGGCGCUCAGACGGUCACAGACGACCUGUUUCCUGCCGACGCUGAUGGAGAGGAAGGAGCUGAGCUGGACGGCGUUGUGGUUCAGAUCAACCUGGAACUGGUGGACGAUUACCCGGCGUCAGACCCUCGCUGGGCCGAGUCUGUCCUCGGCGAGAGUGCCGGUUUUCCUCUCACGUCCCUCAUCAUCCUCCACCAGCUGGAGGACAAGAUGAAGGCUCACUGUUGCUUCAUGGACUUCCUGCUCCAGGUGGGGCUACUGGACCGGCUCAGCCAGGCGACGGUGAGGUCAUCUCCCAUGGCAACCCGCCUGCUGUUGUGCGAGCACGCUGAGAAGCUGCAGGCGGCCAUGGUGCUGAAGAACCACCACAACAAACACGCCGAGCUGGUGAACCGGGCCAUCAACGUCGCUUUGCAGCGGAGCAACACCACCGUGCCGCCCAGCCUCACAGCGGCCGACGUCUUCUUCAGGGAGGUGUCUCAGAUCUCCUUGUUGUUCGACUGUCUGGUGGAGGAGGAGGAGCGGAUCCUGAAGGAGAACCCGGUCGACUCGGAGCAGUGGGCUGACGUUGUGCUCACAGUUAACAACAUACUCAAGGACAUGCUUCAGGCUGCAGGUCAGUACAGAGAGACGAAAGCCUCCAUGUACAGAGCUUCAGAAAAUGCAGCUGCAGAGCCGGAAUAUAUUCCAUGGACGGCUUCAGGCGGUGUAGGAGGCGUUCGCACCGUCCUUUCUCACCAGCACGAAAUCAUCCUGCACUCCGUCUACCCUCACGCCGACUCAGAGUUGCGCAGCGCCCUCUGUGAGCAGCUGGUGGCGCUGUUGGACAUCUAUCUGGGUGGCUAUGUGGCCCAGCUGUCCUCCCUGCAGAAGCUGGGGGCCCAACAAGAGCGCUACGACGGCCUGGAGAUGGAGUACAGCCAGCUGCGCUCAGAGCUGCUCAGCCCUCUGUGUGAGUGGAAGAUGCUAAGCUUUGCUAAUCUCUUGCAUCAGAGGCGCCCAAACUUUGUGCCUUUGAGUCGUUGAGUUGAAACAGGGCUG